CAGCUAUCUCCUCAACCUCAGCCACAGUCUGAGAAGAGUCAAAAUCAUAGCCGAGUAUCUCCAACCAACAACAAAUCCGAGAAACAAACAGAAAACCAAAAAACUAAAGACGAAGAGGUUCAUGUGUCGUCUGUUGUUCUGAAAAUGGCUCUGCAUUGCCAGGGAUGUGUGGACAAGAUUCGCAAGAUUGUGUUGAAAACCAAAGGUGUUCAAGAGAUGGCCAUAGACAAGGAAAAGGACACUGUAACUAUGAAGGGGACAAUGGACAUGAAAGCUCUUAUGGCAAAUUUGAUGGAGAAGCUUAAGAGGAAGGUUGAGGUGGUCCCUCCCAAGAAAGACAAGGAAGGUGCUGGUGGCGAGAAGAAGAAGAAGGGUGAUGGUGGAGGAGAUAAUAAUGAGAAGAAUGAGGAGGAAGGAGGAAGAAUAGAGCAGGGUAGGAUGAAGUAUUUGGCACCUGCAACUGGCUUUGGUUAUGGGUAUGGUAAUAUUGGCGGCUAUAACUAUGGGCAAGUCCACCCAGAACAGUUCUACUAUCAGUUUAAUGCACACCCACCACAGAUGUUUAGUGAUGAGAACCCAAAUGCUUGCUCUGUCAUGUGA